AAAACAUAACGCACACCGAUAGCAGUAGAGGGUCCAUUAAUGAACAUAAAAUAAACAGAUAGCGAGCAAAUACGCUUGUUCACGGAAUUUAAUCCCGUUGAGAGCAGGUCAUGCUGUUCUCGCAAAGGUAAUGAGCCGUAAAGCCCUUGGGUUUCGGCUUAGCAGCGCCCACAAACUGCAGCGAAACUGGAACGAUUGGCAGCCCAGAGGCGACAGCGUGUCAGCAGCUAGCCAGGACGGUGUGAAGUGCAUCGCCACCAGAGACCUGGGUCCAGCUGCAGCAGCUGUAUACGACCCAACAGCAGUGGGAGUAGCAACCUCGGACCGGCCUGUCUCCCCACCUCUCCUACAGAAUGAUGCCUUCCCAGACACCGCAGACACACUGGACGAAGGGGGAGGAUAUGAAGCUGCAGGAGGGUUCAGUGAUGAUACUUUUGGUUGGAAGUCGUUGGGGCAAGAGUUGAGGAUCAACGAUGCGACCGCCGAUUUGACCACUUUUCAGCAGCAUGGAAACCGUGCUUUAGCUUCUAAGGACAUGAGGAAAUCCCACGACAGAGGGAUGUCUCACUCUGAUGAGUCUCGCCUGUCCAACCUCCUGCGCCGUGUGUCCCGCGAGGAGGACAGGGACCGCCGGCUGGCCACUGUCAGACAGCUCCGGGAGUUCAUCACUCACUCUGACAACAAAGUGGCCCUGGUGAAACAGUUGGAUACGAUCCUCGGUACCCUGAAUGAUAUUUUGAAUGAAAG